AAUGAUUAAAAAAUUGUAUACUUAAAAUUGAAAAUUGUUUGCAAAGAGGGAGUCGUGAGCCAUGGAGGUACGAGUCGGUCGAGCCGAUCUUCUCAAAAUGUACAUAAAGUUUAUUGGUCACAAAAUCGUUCAGUAUCGCCUAGCAACCAACAAGAAGGAGGUGGUCUGCACCACGAAUGGUUCGGUGCAAGGACUUCUUCGUAAAACUCUCUACGACGAGGAACUCUACUACUCCUUCGAGGGAAUCCCCUUUGGCCAGCCGCCAGUUGGUGAACUGCGAUUCCGGGCCCCCCAACCACCAUGUCCCUGGGUCGGAUUGAGAGAUUGCACCUACCCGCGGUCAAAGCCCAUGCAAAGACACAGCAUCCUCGGCACCGUCGAGGGCAGCGAGGAUUGCCUGUAUCUGAACGUGUACAGCAAGCGACUUACAUCCAAGCAGCCGCUUCCCGUACUCGUUUGGAUAUACGGCGGAGGUUUUCAGAUCGGGGCAGCUGGGCGAGACACAUAUAGUCCGGAUUACUUUAUGAAACAGGACGUAGUGCUGGUGACAUUUAAUUACAGAGUGGGCGCACUGGGCUUUCUGAGCAUCUCGGAUCAGGACCUUGAUGUGCCGGGCAAUGCUGGCCUAAAGGACCAGGUGAUGGCCCUGCGGUGGGUCAGCCAGAAUAUCGCCCAGUUCAACGGAGAUCCCCAGAAUGUGACGCUGAUGGGGGAGAGUGCGGGGGCUGCAUCCGUCCACGCAAUGAUGACCACCGAUCAGACGCGGGGACUCUUCCACAGAGCCAUCAUGCAGUCGGGCUCCAUGUACUGCGAGUGGGCCAACGAACCGAGGGGACAGUGGGCCUAUCGCCUGGCCUGCCUGCUUGGCUACUCGGGAAGUGACAACGAGAAGGAGGUGUUCCGGUUCCUCCAGCGAGCUUCUGCGUCUGAAAUGGCCUCCAAGGCUAUCGAUUUGAUUUCGCUGGAGGAGCGACGGGAAUACGUACUGUUUCCCUUCACACCCGUUGUGGAACCCUAUAUAACCAGGGACUGUGUGCUGCCCCGACCCCACAGGGGAAUGCUACCAGCAGCCUGGGGCAAUGACCUGCCCCUGAUCUUGGGAGGCAACUCCUUUGAGGGCCUCUUCUCCUACCAGAGCACCCUGCACGACGAGGAACACAUGCUAAGCGCCUUUGAGGCCCUCAUUCCGCGCGAGAUCAGGGAGAGACGUUCUCCGUCCCAGAUUAAGGAUCUGCUGCGUCAGUUUAAGGUGGACAACUUCGAAGAUGCCACCAGAGGUCGGAUGGAGUUCAACGAGUGCCUUCACAUACUCUCCAUAAAGCACUUUUGGCAUGGAAUCCAUCGCACUAUCCUAGCCCGCCAGCAUUACGCUCCCACAACGCCCACAUUCCUGUACCGCUUUGACGUAGAUUCGCCGCACUUCAACCACUUCCGGCAGGUGAUGUGCGGUAAGCAUGUCCGCGGAGUUAGCCAUGCGGACGAUGUCUCCUAUCUGUUCUACCACGUGCUGGCCACCAAACUGGAGAAGUCCUCCCUGGAGUACCAGACCAUCGAGCGGAUGGUGGGAAUGUGGGUGGCGUUCGCACGAAAUGAUAAUCCCAACUGCGCGCAGAUCUCGCCGGUCUCCUGGAAAGCUCUGAAUAACACCGGGCCUCAGAUGUGUCUCAACAUUGGGGAGCAACUGGAGUUCAAAGAACUUCUGGAAUCCAGGCAAAAUCGAAUUUGGGAUAGGCUUUACGAAUAGCACGACUUGUACUAUGAGAAAUGUGAUAUAUAUA